AUGGGUUCUUCUGACGAGUCUCUCGGGCUUCCAUUCAUAGAUUUCUCAUCAGAUCCGAAACCAGGCACUCCUUGCUGGGAUUCCUUGAAACUCCAAGUUCGACAAGCACUGGAAGAGUACGGCUGCUUCGAGGCAUCCUUGGGAGACGACAGCACGGUUAUUAACACUGGCGAGCUUCGGCGUGACGUUUUCGCUUCAUUGGAAGAGCUUUUCGACCUGCCUCUGCAAACCAAGCAGCAGAGCGGCGCUUCAGAGUCAUUUCAAGAUGGCUACGCGGCGACGCCCAAUGGUUUCUACCAGAGCUUUGGGAUUGAAGAUCCCAAUUCGCUCGGCGUGCUCCAAACCUUCACCAACCCAUUGUGGCCCCAUGGAGGAAACCCAAGUUUCUGCAACAACAUUCAGUCCAUGGCUGGGGUGGUGACUGAAUUCAAUCGCACCGUGAGGAGGAUGUUGCUGGAGAGUUUUGGGCUUGAGAAAUAUGUGGAGGAGCAUCUGAGCUCCACAACGUACAGGUUCAGGGUCAUGAAAUACGAAGCUCUCCAACCUAAUAAUUAUGCUGCGGCAGAAGAACUUGGGCUGGGAGUUCACACGGAUAAGAGUUUCAUGACCAUACUCUGCCAAAAUGGGGUUGGGGGACUGGAGCUUCAAACCAAGAGAGGGGAUUGGGUUAAGUUCAAACCCACUUCUCCCAGCUCCCAUGUCAUUCUCAUCGGCGAUGCUCUUCAUGUAUGGCUGAAUGGUAGAGUUCACUGUCCGAAGCACAAGGUUACGUUGUGUGAGUUACAUGGUAAGACGAGAUACUCCUUUGGUCUUUUCACAGUCCCGAAGCCAGAGUACGUUAUAAAAGCUCCAGAAGAACUGAUCGACGAAAACAACCCCAUGAGGUUCAAGCCAUUUGCUUAUCAAGAGUAUUUUGAUUUGGCUUAUAGAGAGCCUGGUGUAAAAGACGCUUCCCUACUGCAUGCACAUUAUGGGGUUUGA